AGGAGCCAUGGGCAACAUCUCCUCUAACAUCUCGGCCUUCCAGUCCCUGCACAUCGUUAUGCUGGGCUUGGACUCUGCCGGCAAGACCACGGUGCUCUACCGGCUCAAGUUCAACGAGUUCGUGAACACGGUGCCCACCAUCGGCUUCAACACCGAGAAGAUCAAACUGAGCAACGGCACCGCCAAGGGCAUCAGCUGCCACUUCUGGGACGUGGGCGGCCAGGAGAAACUACGGCCGCUGUGGAAGUCCUACAGCCGCUGCACGGACGGCAUCAUCUACGUGGUGGAUUCGGUGGACGUGGACCGGCUGGAGGAGGCCAAGACGGAGCUGCACAAGGUGACCAAGUUUGCGGAGAACCAGGGCACGCCGCUGCUGGUCAUCGCUAACAAGCAGGACCUGCCCAAGUCGCUGCCGGUGGCCGAGAUUGAGAAGCAGCUGGCGCUGCACGAGCUCAUCCCGGCCACCACCUACCAUGUCCAGCCGGCGUGCGCCAUCAUCGGCGAGGGCCUCACCGAGGGCAUGGACAAGCUCUAUGAGAUGAUCCUGAAACGUAGGAAAUCUCUCAAGCAGAAGAAGAAGCGGUAAUGCGUCCGGGCAGCGAUUGGAAACGAGGCUGAGUGAGCGAGCCACUGAGUGAAUGAAUGGACGUCUGGGUGAGCGAGAACCCGCGCCCGCGAACAAAGACAACGAACCAAAGCGAUGCUUCGAGUUUUUAAGACACGAUCUCUGUAUCCUAAUGCAGGACUUGGAGACUUAACCUGGGAUGUGGAGGCUGCAUCACCACCCUGCUCGCCACCUGCCCCACCCCCCACCCCAGCUCAGGGGACCUUUUGUCUAAAUGCUUGAGCUACAGAUGGGGUGGGGUGGGGGUAACCGGCGGGGAGUGAACGUGAGGACGCGAGGGUCCGGUGGUGAGCCCUCUGGCCCCAGGUGGGAAGGUUGGAUGUCAGAGACACAAAAGCGAUUUCUUCUUGCUCCAUCAGGGCCAGAAGUUCAGGCUGCCCAGCCCCCAAUGCGGGGGGGAAAUCACGUGUGAGUUACCUGAGGUAUGCAGUUCACAGAACUCCUGGGAUACCCCUGCGGGAGCGGGUAGGCACUGGGGUGUACUGAUGGGAGGGUGGGGAUGACCGCUCCUUGCAUUCUGGAGCUGUGCAAACUGAGUAGUUUUAUGUCACAGGGCUGGCCCCUGUUUGCAGUUUCAUUUGUCCUGCUCUGGGCCCAAAAGGAGGUGGUGGUUUGGGUCCGUCCAGAGGACUGCCUGGGACCAUGCGGCAGCCGGAGGACCCAGGGUGUUGCUGCACUUCUGGCCUUGGCUGGGAAUGGCCUGGAAGACGCCACUUUCCAGGGGUGGGUGUGUGUGGUUUUGCUGAGAACUGCUGUUCAGCCUGGCAUGAGACCUCUUACAGAUGGCCUAGGCCCUAUCAGUGUGUUGGUCACUAUCACAUAAAGAGACCAAUAAAACAAAGAAAAACAGAAAACCAUUGGAGGUGGUGGUGGUGCCAGUACAGGUGUUCAAAGGGUGAGGUUCUUGACAUUAAUGCGCUCUCUCUCUCUCUCUCUCUCUCUCUCUCUCUCUCUCUCUCUCUCUCUCUCUCGUGUGUGUAUAUGUGUGUGUGUGUGUGUGUGUGUGUGUGUGUUCCCUCCAUACUGCAUAAUCGGCAUAAAUACUGGACCCUCUGUGUGGAAUUUGAAAUUCUCUCAGCCUACUGAUUGGUUUGGAGGAGCACACCAACUACAGAUGUGUGCUGAAUUGCAAAAUGGUUUUCUUGGAAAGGAUGUCUGAUCAUUCUAACCACGUGGUGAUUAGGUUUCAGACAUUUUUUUUUAACAAACAAACAAACAAACAAAAAAAAAAACCACUUCCACAAAUGAAUAAUCUUCACUUUGUCCUUUUGUGCCCCUUGGCACUACAAGUGGAGACAUGUUCAGAUUUCUGAGUUGGGUCUUUGUAGCCUAUCUGAGUUCAGUAUUUUACUCAAAGUGUGUCAUUAGAGUAUUUGAUGUCAUUCACCAAAAGAAUAAAACCCCACCUUGGAAAUGCUGACCUCGUUUGCAUGGAUUUGAAGAGAGGAAGGUCUGAAGGAUGGAGUCCUUUGGAAUUCACCCUGUGGGAGCUGGCCUGGCCUCAGAGCCAGCCAGCACUUUGGUUAAACGCAAACAACAAUGAGUGCUUGAGAUGAAAAGGGAGCAGGUGUGUGACGUCAUGGUCACUGGUACUCAGGCACUUCACAGUUUACUUGAAAAAGGCUUUGGAAAAUAGAUAAAGUGAAAGAAUAAAUACAUAUUUUUAAUAAUGUAAUUUUAAAAAUCCUUUAUAAUCAGGAGUGAGUCUUGGCUUGGUAAAAGCUGCCAUUUGUCCUGAAACACAGUAUCAAAAGAGAAAUUUACAACUAGCAGGUUUUGUUGUUGUUGUUUUUUUUUUUUCAAUCUCCCCUCUGAAUCCAUCUUUUAGGGUAGGAGUUUGGUUUCCCUCCAUGACGACACGUUGCUGUGCAAAGGAGGCCAUGGUUGUGAGUGAGCACGGAGUUGGUCACAAUAUGAGCCCAUCCCUGUUGUCCUUGAAACACGAAGAGUCAACUUAGGAACCAUAGGCAGAAAUCAUGGCUUCCUGCUUGAAACCCAAUUCUUAGAUUGUUUUUAAAGUCAAAAUAUAGCAGUCCAUGAUCCUUCCUUGUGUGUUCCAUAGCCCUCUGAUGCUGGUGUUUUUGUAGACACUCAGUAGAGCUAAGCAGUGGUGAGCAGCCUCCAAGAUCUGUUUACACAGCAAUGGGGCAUUACUGGCUUCUUCAUGGGCUGGUCCCGUGGUCUGAAGAUUCUGUAUAGAAUUAUUAAAAAAAAAAAAAAUCCACCUUCUUUUAUUUUCUUCACAAUUUCUUAAGCACUUUGACAUUUUGGUAGUUCCACAAUAUGGAGAGAAUAAUAUAUUUAUUUUGUGACAUUGCCUAUGCCAAAUACUUUAACCUUCCUGUGCUCUCAAUACCUGAGUUCCAGGUCAGUGUUCAGAUCCUGGCCUGCUUGAACAAUGGCAUGGGAUGGUUUUGUGGUGUUUCUCCCCCACCUCCAACCCCCCCCAUUAUCAAUACUUAAGGGUGCAGUUGACUGUUAGUAGUUGUGCAGUAAAGUCAAGCCCUGUGGUGUAUCAGCAAAUAGUUAAGAGUCUCAGUUGAUUUCUGUAAUGUUUGACCUAAUAAAAACCCAUUUCAUUUGUGACAAGAGGGAACCCAGUGAAAAUCACUGUGUGGUGGUGUCAUGGGGGAGUUCCUAUCACAUGCCAGCAAGGACGAGUGAUGUGUCUGCCCUUUGGGUUCCUGGAGAGGUAUUUGGCCUCCCCAAGCAAGGUUUGGAAUGGUUUCUAUAGACAACAGGGAGGCCAGUUAUGAUUUAGAGCUGUUCUCUUCACACUCUGUGACAGUGUUGGGACUGAGUCCUCUGGAUUCCAGGUUUUUUUUGUUUUUUGUUUUUCCUGUAAUUCUCUGUCUUCACCACUCUCUUCUUUGUUCCUACCCCUUUUAUAAUGCAUAUAUGAUGCUGUGAACAGAAAUAAACUAUUUAUACAAUCAAA